GACGAAAAUAACUAGGCCAAUGUCAUUGUCAUCGCGUUUCCCUUUUGCUGGUGUUUCCGAGCGGAAAAUGCGCAUGUUCUUCGGCUGGAAAUCGAUGAUACGCCAACCUUGGAAAAUCUGGGGUUUUCCGGGUAACAAUUAAUUAGCGCCUGGGCCUGUGUCAAGGAUUUUUUAAAUACAUUUUUUUAAUUGGACUAAAUUUAAAAGAAAUGUAAUUAUAAUAACAUUAUGAAACAAAUUGUAAAAAUGAUAGUGAAAAGGGGUGCCUUAAUAGUCGUUGAGGGUGUAGAUAGGUCUGGAAAGUCCACACAAUGCAAAAAAUUGGUGGAAACGUUAAAAGAAAAAGGAUUAAAUGUAAAAGGUUUUAAUUUUCCUGAUAGAACCACUGCAAUAGGAAAGGUAAUUGAUGAGUACUUAAAGGAAAGCACUUCGUUGAGUGAUGAGGUUAUACACUUACUGUUCACUGCCAAUCGAUGGGAAAAAAUGCAUGAAAUAAAGAAGAGUCUUACGGAAGGCACAACAUGGAUUAUUGACAGAUAUACCUACUCAGGAAUUGUUUUUUCUUCCAUUAAAAAAAAUAUGAGUCUCGAAUGGUGUAAAAUGCCAGAAUCAGGUUUGCCCAAACCAGAUCUUACUUUUUUGCUAAUGGUUGAUGAUGAAGCUUUAUCUCAAAGGCCUGGAUUUGGAAAUGAGAGGUAUGAAAAAAGUGAAAUACAGAAAAAGGUAAAGGAAAUGUUCAGUGAUAUGUGUACCAAAGAAGACACCUGGAAAUUGGUUGAUGCCAACAAACCCAUCAAAGACGUCCAUGAUAGCAUGUUGCAAGAUAUCUUGAAAGUAAUUGAGGGUGUAAAGAAUCGGGAUUUGCAAUAUUUUGAUUUUAUUAAUAACAGGGAAUCUCAAUGACCAUUGUAUUUAAGUUUUAGGUUUAUUUUAAAAUGUGUAAUAUACAAGAAAACAAUAUAAUUUAUACUAAAUUAUCUUCUGUAUUUUCUGGCGAUUCCUCUU